UCCCUUUUACUGUCGCGCUCAUAGACUCAUAGUAACCCUGCUCCCCACGGGAACCGGUUUUUUCGCGAUAAUGGAAGCUCCUCGCUAUGGCGGAUUCUGCAGAGAAUGGGGAGACAGAGUUGCAGAGAAGGUUGUCUCGGCCUAUCAUUCUCUCCCCAAGAAGGGUAAACCUCAGGGACGUGAAGUCACCGUCUUGUCCGCCUUCCUUCUCUCUUCUCCUUCCCAAGAACUGGACGUCGUCGCGUUGGGGACAGGGACGAAAUGCGUUAGCAGGUCGCUCUUGAGUUCCCGUGGGGACAUUGUGAACGAUUCUCAUGCCGAAGUUACUGCCAGAAGAGCUUUGAUGAGAUUCUUCUACACGGAGAUUGAGCGAAUGAAUGAGAUGUUAGAUACGAUCAGACGUUGUAACGAAGCAAAGCGUGCGAGAAAUGACAAUGGCCACAGUUCGAUUUUAGAGUUGGAACUAGAUUGUCCUGGACAAAGGAAAUACAAGCUGAAAGCUGGGUGCCACUUGCAUAUGUACAUAUCGCAAUUGCCAUGUGGUUAUGCUUCUACGAGCUCGCCACUGUAUGACAUGAAAAAGAGUCCAUCAACAACAGAAGUUGAUGCCCCAGUGCAAGAGAAAGAACUGGAUAGGUCCUUUCUGAAGCUUUCAGAUAUUCCAGGGCUAAAAAUCAAUAAUGGAGACAAUGACUCUCCAGCGAUGGAUAAGGUUCAGAGGAAGCCUGGUCGUGGUGAAACGACACUUUCGGUUAGCUGCUCGGACAAGAUAGCUCGUUGGAAUGUCGUCGGAGUUCAAGGGGCAUUGCUUUCUCACAUCCUUCAGCCUGUGUAUAUUUCUACCAUCACUGUUGGACAAUCUCUGCAUUGUCCUGAUAAUUUUCCUCUGGCAUAUCACCUGAGAAGGUCUUUGUAUGAUAGGAUCUUACCAUUAUCAACUGAGCUACGGAGUUCCUUUCGUUUGAACGAGCCUCUAUUUUUUGGAGCCCCAGUACCACCAUUAGAAUUUCAGCAUUCAGAAUCUGCUCAGACUACCCUAACAUGCGGGUAUUCCUUAUGUUGGAAUCGCUAUGGGUUGCAUGAAGUUAUCCUCGGAACAACUGGUAGAAAACAAGGGACCUCAGCCAAAGGAGCGCUCUACCCAUCUACUCAAUCGUCUUUGUGCAAGCAGCGAUUACUGCAGAUGUUCUUGAAAAUAACUCAAAGACAUGAAAGCGGAUCUUCAGAGAAAAAUUCCUCUUACCGAGAAUUGAAGGAUGAGCCAGACAGUUGCGGUCUCUAUCAUUCUGAGGUGAAUUUAUAUUUUGGGGUCCUGUUCUAUGCAGGACAAAGCUAUGGAAUAUACGCUGAUGUCAAAAACCUUUAAAGGAAGGUCCCCUUUCAAUACUUGGCUAACAAAACCAUUGAACUAUGAAGAAUUCUCAAUUAAAUAGUCAUGAGGUGACCUAAGGCCAAAAGGGCCAUAUUGUAGAGAUAAGGUGAUGGAAAAGGAAAAAAGGAAGGCAAGAAGAAGAAUUGUAGCUUGUGUUGUUACUUGCUAACUUACCAGGCAAUGAAGAAGAUCUUACUCUUCUGGCAAUUGUCUUUGGUGGUAAAAUCGAAAUCAUAGACAGCGUAACGACAUUCGUUCUCAGGCAUAGAGCUGGUGAAAUCGUCGGUUUUUGAGCCGGUCCGGUAGCCCAUAUACGUACGGAGCGUGAUUGAGCUUCCAUUGUAUUUGUGAUUAUGAUUACAUAUGAUCUAUAUCAUAGUUUUUGAACAGUACACACACAUAUAUUUGUAUAGGAGAACAUAUCAUACGUGAAUGUAUGUGGAUGUGGGUAUAAGUAGGAUGACAUGGUGGGCUAAAUGAAGUAUAUUAUGAAAAUGCAAGGCCCAAUGUUUUUGUCAGAUGAAGAGGGCCAUGGGCCCAAGUUUUGUAGGAUUGUGAGAUAAUCCUUUCGUAACCUUUGAAAAUAUCUCACAAGUGGCCACCCUGUAUACCUUAUCUUCUUCUUUGUUUGAUACAUUUGUAUGUGUUUAUUAUAAUAUAUUUGCCAUGACUUCUUAUUUAA